GACUCACAACAGACUGCGGAUGUAGGGUCCCUACAGUGAAGAGUAAAGAGAGAAACAACGGAAUUUGUUGAUAGUUUACGAUUUAAUUCCGGAAGGAAGCCACUUAGUAGUCACAAUAAUUGUUUUACAAAUCUGGUAAACCCUGAAAAUGUCGAGCGUUGUGAAUACGGGUUUACCUGAGACAGGCUGGGAUAUGCCCUUCGGUAUCCCCGCACUCAACGCUGAAAACAAGGCUCUGACAGAGGAGGUGAGCACUGAAAAGUUAACGAUUUUAAAAAAUGAAAUCACUUCAAAAUCUCCUUAAAUCUUAUUCUGUGAAUAGUUUUAAAUGUUGGAGAGAAAAACUCUCCAAGUUUAUAAUCCCAGAGCUUUUUUUGUCUAUAAGAGGUCUAAUAGACAUCUAAAUGUAGCCUGGACGACUGAUCUAAAAUCAGACUAGCACAGGUUUAAAAAUUAAAGUUCUUUAGACGUCUAAGUUUAGACCAAGUCUAAAUCUGGGCUGUAUCCAUAGUACUACUCUGUAUAGGGGAGAGUGGGGUAAGUUGAGCCAAAGGGUAAGUUGAGCCACCCCCUGGUGGUCAAGAAAUUGAUCAUGUGACCAAUGUAUUUAGGAGACGGGCAUCAAUUCAUGGAGUCUGUGAAGGUUUGAAGCACAUGGGUGAAGGGGUUAGACAUUUAUUUCCAAAAAACAUUUUUCCCUCUUGAAAGUGAAUUUAGUCUGUCAUAAGUUUUAUCAGGAUUGUGUUCAGACCAAAAAUGAUCAUCUUAAAUUUGUUUUAUACAUCACUUUUGCUAUGAGCUAUAGCAUGAGGUCAAAAACCUAGUAUAAAAGUCCACCAUUUUAGCUUAGAGGACUAAUAAAGUCAUCAUAGUAGUUCUGGGGUAAGUUGAGUCUGUUGCUCAACUAAGAAAGUAAAGAAGUCUGAUGAGAGGAUCAGAGUUUCAGUUCACAUUGUUGAAAUGUGUUACUUUUUCUUUUCAGAAAUACAGCUGUGAAUGUUCUGAAUCACUUAAAGACAUUCUCAUGUUAAAAUUGAUUUUUACAAAACUGCUUUUUAGCAGUUAUAUGCAAUAAUAAUAAAAAGAAUUAUUGUACCAGUUGAAUAGCAUGUAAUAGAUAAAAAUACACAUGAACGUGAAGAAGUGACUGUUAUUUAUGGAGAGAGAAGGUGAGGGAGGGCUGGGGUGGAGAGUGGGGGGGUAUUAGGGAUACAGCUUAACUUACCCCAAAGGUGGUCAACUUACCCCAUACAUCGGGUAAGUUGACCAUAGGAGACCACUUUUCUGAUGAUCUCAGAGUAGCAUUAAUCAAGUUAUGUGCAUGAAAACAUCAAGACUGAAUAAAAUAGAAUAGAUCUUCAAUUAGGAAUCCACAGUUUACUACAGUAAAAACUUGGACGCAUCCUGAGUAGACUGUAUGGUAGAGCUGUUGCAUUGAAUUGCAUUAGUUGGCCCAGGUUUGUAAGUGUUUAUUUUCAACAACAGGUUCGUAAGAAAAAGGCAGAACUGGUGCUGCAGGAAAACAAAGCUGAAAAAGACAAGGAACAUCAGGAGUCCAUAUCUGUACAUCGCCAAUAUGUCAUCCAAGAGCUUGGAAAUACUGAGGUAGGUGUCACACAAUACACACGUUGGAGAGCUUUCCUCUGGUUAUCUGGCUUGAUUACUUGUGUCAUGGUGUGUAUUUGGUUUCACAUGUUGAUUCUCCUGAACCUAGGGAUUACGCAGGGCUAGAAAGAAAGAAGAUGAGUCGGAGAAACACCUUACAGCCCUCGCUGACAGGGAGACGGGUGGCAUGGGGCAGGAGACCACUAAGAUGAAAAAUGAUGAAAGCAAUCUAGCUGAGAAGAAGGAAAUGCUGGAGGUAUACACAUGCACACCAUGUUACAAUAACAUAGACACAUGAGUAAAGAGUGGUGUCCAAAUGGGUUUUCUUGACCAUAGCUGUUUUUCUCAGUCGCGCAUCGACAGGGCCAAGCAGAACCUGGAGGGCUUCAGGGAACAGAUGAACUGGGACCAGCAGACCAUAGUUGCCUUUUUAGAGGAGUCAGCAUGCAAAGAUGAGGAUACAAUGACUAUCAUCAAAUAUGCUCAACAGGAUGAGCAGAGGAUCAAGGUAAAAAAUAAAACAACAACAAACACACUAACAGUAUUCUCAGGCAAGCUUUUCAUCUCUUCUGUUUUCAGCAGAAACUACAAAUAUCUUGAGCUAAGUGUCUUGCUAUCUCUCAAAACAGUCACUCACUCUGGCUAUCGAGAAAGAGACACAGACAGCCAAUGAAAAGCGCAAAGCACUGGACAAAGAACUGACUGAGAGUUUAUCUACACAGGUACUGUAAAAAAAAAAAAACAGGGUAUGAAAUUUAACACCGGCAAAAAAAAAAAAAAUAAAAUAAAUUAGACAUUUUUUACAAACAUUUUUUGUCAGGUCCCUUUCAUUUUUUAAGGCCAAAGAAAAGGCUAAUCACAGUCUGGUGUGUGUUCAAAACAAACUUUAUAGGUUUGACAUCAAAAUAUUUGACUCUUUGAUUUUUUAGUCUCAUAUAAUGUAUAAAGGAACAUAAUUCUCUGGUGGACCUGAGGGUUUUCAUCAUGCUGUGAAUGGGAAAUCUUUCCAUUUGUUUGAGAAUUCAUUUUACUUUCUGCUUUAUAAACAGAUUGCUUUGGAUAAAACUACAGAGAUUUUGCAGCAGUCCCAUAUGGAGACCAAGCAGCUCAUUCGCUGGUGGGAAAACAUCAUCAAGCAGAUGAAGCAACGCGAUACUGAGAUGCAGCAGAGUGCGCUGGUAAAGUCUGUGACCUCACACUUAUUCCAACAAAGCAAAGAUCAACUCAAGCUAAAGGUGCAACCAAAAAAAAAUCUGAACCUGACCUUUUCUUGCUCUUUUAACUGUCCAGCAACUUGCCCAAGCCAACCAGAAUGUCAGGGACAGAAACGCUACCAUUACAGAGUUGACGCACCAGCUGGACACUGAGAGAAACGACAACAAGGAAACUGAGAGGAGGAUAACUAUGUCCAACAGACGGUCUGAAAAGUUGGGGCAGGAACUGAAGGAACUAGAGAACAACUGUAUCAGGCUGCAGGAUGAGGUCAGCUCCUCAAAGCUACCUGACAUGAAAAGUGUUAAUAGCUGUGAGGGACCCUGAAUGUACACAUAAAGAUUGUUACCAUCUUUAAAAAAGAAAAAAUGAGCCUAAAGAUGUGCCAUAGUUUAUAAGAUGACACAUUUUGCUGUUUGUUCUGCAGCUGCUUACUUGCAAAGGUGCACUGGACAAAACAACAUCCACUGUGGAAUCUGUGAAAUCCCAAAUAUCCAGAAUGAAGAAACAAAUCCAAGACAACAAUAAAACGUGAGUCAAAUGUUCCAACACAUCUGCUGAAUUGAAUUGGUUGUAUUUUUAUAUUCAGGAGUAUACUCUGUAUAAAUCUGAUUUUUGGUUUAGACUGAACCUGGCCAGGGGCAUCAAUGUGGCGUUGGAGGAGAAGCUGAAAGCUGUGACCCAGAGCAUUCUCAGUGAGGAGGAGAGAGCAGCGCAGAUGGACCAGUUCCUCAAGAACGAGGAGGAGGCGAUCAAGGUCAUCAGAUAGCUUUUCAUUUUUUAUCGCUGCUGUUUAAGAGAGCUGCCUCUGUUCUUGUUUUCAACUUUGGACUGUUUUUCACUUUACUAGUAUUUGUGCAGGAAGGUUUUGUACACAGUUCAAAUAUCAAAUACUGCUUUUUUACAGAAGCCUGGAGUUCAUAGAUAUGCCAGGCAAAAUGAAGUCUUUUUGAUUUAAAUUGCCAAGAAAGAACCAUAGGCGUAGGCAACUAUAAAUAAACAAACAACAAAAAAAGACAAAGCAUGUACAUUUUUUUAAUUCAAUUAAAGCAGAGGUUAGAGUAAAUACCCAUCAAAAGUGUGGAAAAAAACAACAUUGCUUUUUGCUUUAAAAACACAAAUGAAUGAUAUUCUGUUCCUCAAGUGGCUCUAAGUACAGUAUUAUUUAACUAACUCACUUUAGAAACAAUUAAAAAUAAUAGAAAUAAUUUAAAUUUAGAAAUAAUGAAAAGUGAAUCCAACUUGUACCUGUGCCAUGUGAAUGAAAAGCAGGAAAAAAACUCAAUAAUUAAAGAUAAUUUUAUCUUUCUGAAUUGAGAUACAUCUUUACAUUACUGGAAAUUGCAGGGUUUAUAUUAAAUGAGGAUGAAAUCCUUAUAAGCUUGUUUUACAAAGUCAGUGUCUCAUAUAACACUGGUGUAAAAGUACUGCCUGACCCUGCUCUGGUCUGUGCUUUGCUGUAGGAGUUGGACAUCCAGCUGCGUGACUUCAGAGAGGAGCUAUGUCUCCAGGACAAUAAGUUGCAGGCUCUCAAGAUAAAGGAGAGUGAUUCGAUUCUCCAGGCUUCCAAGAGCCAAAGCACUACCGCCACCUUGGACUGUCAGCUAAGAAAACUGGAGGAAGAAUUAACAAACCAACAACGGAUCCUAGAUACAAAGGCACGAUGGACAAAACCCACACAAGUUUCGCCUGCUACAGAGCUUUGUUUGUCUCUAAAUUGUGCGAUCAGCUUUUCUUUUUUGCCUCCUGUAGGAGUUUGAAAUCAUGCAACUGAGUAAAAAACUGGAGAGACUGCAAGGUGACACUAAUGAAGAUGACAAGGAGGUGUUGGACAAGAGGAUCACUAAGCUGACCGAAGUCCUUGAAGAGAAGAAGAGGACAGCCAACAUCCUUACCAGCACACUCACGGAGGCUGAGGUUUGCGCUAUUCUUUCGCUUUACUUUCAUUCAUGUCCUGUUCUGUAUUUUACACACAGGUAUCUAACGAGAUGUUUAAUUCCUCGUGUCUCUGACAGGAUGAUAUGUACUUCUUAAAGAAAGAGAUGGAGAAGUCUGAGGCUCAAAAGAGAGAUCUGACUGAGAAGACGGAGGAGCUAAGACUGCAGAGAAACACCUGUGAAAAGGAGCUGAAGAUAAUCAAGAGCAGGAAACUGGUAACUCAGUGAUGUCAUGGCAGGCGAAAUGAAAUCUUUUGAGUUACAGAUGAAUAAUUAUAAUAAUAACUGCUUUAGGGAAAAUGUUGUGUUAGCUAUCUGUCAGAUCAGGUAAUUUACAGCAAGGCGAAGACAACUUUUUUCACAUUUUCCAGAGCAAAUAUUUAUGAUUUUGUCUGGAGACCCCGAUGUGACAUAGACAGAAAGAUACAGCAAAUUCUUCACAAGAGUUUUAAAGCCGUGUUUCACUUUGAAAGGGCUCUGCCCAUGUGUUGAUUAACAAACCGAAAAAUAACAGAGGAAAAAAAUAUGGUAUAUUAAUUAUUAAAGCAAAGCACUGAUAUUGUCCAUUCACAAGACUGUUAAAGCUGGUUAACCAUAAAAAUAUGUUGGUUUUCUCAGUUUCACACCAUUUUGAAAGGAACAGCUUCCUAUAAACUAGCUGACAAAGAGAUCUGUAUUGGAACCCAGCACCUUUUGAUGAUAGAGUUAAAGUACAUAGAGAUUUUAUUUCUAUCAAAUAAUUUUUUACCUAUGUACUAAAUGAUACAAAUUUUAUUUUAAAAAAAUGGGAAAAAAAACUUUUCGGACAAUUUUUCUAAAACCUUAGUCGGUUUGUCCAACAUUAAAAGGGAUCAGUUUAGAAGAAAUAAAAUAACACGUAAAGUCAGCAAAGUCUAAAUCUGCCUGCUAACCUCACAUAUUCAUCAUUAGGAAAACAUGGUGGAGCACAACAUCCUGAAGACACUGGUGAAGCGCAGGAGCUAUCUUCUUUACAAUAAUGAGGACAGCAUGCUCUCACUGGAGGAGAGGAAGGAAAGAGUGCAGAGAGCCAUAAAGGAGCGUGAAGAUGAGAUCAGAGUAAGCAGAGAAAUGUUUGGCCAGCACUUCAAGAUCAGUGAACAGGAGAGGCAGAAGCUCAGGUGAAAACACUAGAUGAUGUUUUACUAUAGGCUGUGUUGAUCUCACCACCAGCUCUUCUUCUUCUAAUGUGCUCGCAGUACCAGUAUCUGCUCUGUUGUGUUUUAUGCCAUGCUCACGUGAUUUUGACUUAAGCAUAAAUCCAGAAAACCUUUUUUUGGAUAGAUGCUCACUCAGACUGUGACUUUUCUUCUCAGUGCUGAACUGAAUGAGAAACUAUCCAAGGUCGACACAAUGAAGGGACGUUAUGAGGUUGUAGAGUUUUCAAUGGAAACUCCAGAGGGGGAAGAGGAGAAAUCACAGGCCUACUACAUCAUCAAAGUAAGAUGGCCGUAAACUCUCCAUUGAUACUGAAAGAAGUUAUGGUUGUUUUUUGUGGCACUGAAUCACUGCUGUGGACUUUUUUUCAUCAGGCUGCACAAGAGAAAGAGGAGCUGAAGCAGGAGGGAAACAGUCUAGAUGCUCAGCUCUGCAAGAUGGAGCGGGAAACCGAAGCCUUUGAGAACACCCUCAUGUUGUUCCGUGAAAGUAACACAGGAUUUCACAAAUCCUUCACUGACAAAAAUUGCUCGGGUAUGUAUGGCUAAGUAAAACAAAUACAACUUAAAGAGAUAUUCCGACGUAAAAUUAACUUAGGGUCAAACACACCACAUCAAAAGCGGUCGACAACAUUCAUCUCUUGAGGGGGUGUCUAACUCGGUGUGUUUGACCCUAAAUUAAUUUUAUGCUGGAAUACCCCUUUAACCAGCAGAAAGUUACAGGACUUAGUAGGUUUCUAUAAAAAAAAUAUAUAUAUAUAUAUUUUUUUUUGUUUGUUUUUCAUUAGAUCCAGAACCGGAAGAGCAGCUAAAGGCGACUGAAGAGACUGUGAAGUAUAAGGGAAGACAGAUACAAGAGCUCCAACAGGACAUACAGGCUAGUCCUAUUUAUAGACGAAGCAGUCAGACCACAACGACUCCAAUUUCAAACUGAAUCAGCAACAUAUCACUUUACAAUUCUCCCAGAAGUAACAAACCCUUUUUACACAUAUCCACAGGAAAUCAGUUUACAUUUUGAUACAGCUCAGCAUCACUGUCAAAAACUAAAUCAAUCCCAAAACCCAUCUGCUAUUAUGAAGCCUCUGGGAGUGUCCCUGAAAUGCUCUGAGGUUCAGGUUAAGCCACCUACUUGCCAUAAAUCACCCCCAGCCUGGACAUUUUUUGUAUGUGUUCAGAGAAACUUGCUCCUCUAGUUACAUCUGCAAAACAAACACCAUCCUUUCUUGGUUCAUUAUACAGUAUCUCUACCAUUUUAAGGUGAGGGGUGUACAUCCCUGUUACGCCUCAUCUGCAGUUCACAGUUAUGGUGAGCCACGUUCUGCUUAUGAUGCUCCCUCAGAGGUAGUUGCAGAGGUGUAUGAUGGUGUAGUGAUGGCAGACCGUUGUUACAGUCCUGUUGUGGAAUAUUUAGUGACACAGAAGCUUCACUUCAGCUUAACUCAAACUUUAUUUAAAGAGCACAUUUAAAACAAACAAGGUUGACCAAAAUACUGGAGAGCCUGAAGAAGAAGCAGAAGCAUUUUCUUGUUAUCUCUCUGUGUAAGGUCCUAUCUAGUUUCUUACUUAGAAUAUGCCAGAUGCGUAACAGAAGCCCCCAGUGGAUGCAUCUAUACGUUUUAUAUGCUUGUAAUAAGUUACUUUUAGUUGCUUGAAGUUUUUACUGAUUUUAUUUAUUUAUCUUGAGAUGAUCAAUCAUUUUCUUGUGAUAAGGGAAUCAUUUCUGGUGAUCUCGUUAACAAAAACAAAACAAACAAACAAACAAACAAACAAACAAACAAAAAAAAACAGGCUGCUCAGAAUACAGGAGAAAGAAGAAUAGCAUCUGUAGUUCUGUUUGAUCAAAAAUAAUCAAUAAUGGAAACAGAGAGUCACUGCAGCAACUCAAGCUCUAACAUGUAGUUUCUGAUGGUGAAACAGAUAUUUAGCUCGAUCAUUACGAGUCUGAGAUUUUUCCAUUAAAAUAUGUGUUUUAAUGCAAAGCGUUUAUGAAAAACAACAAAAAAGUGGCUGCAGAACCGUAUUUAUUGAUUUUUUAAACCUAUCAAUUUUAUUUAAACUUGGUCUUAUUUACAGAAUGACUCAAGGAGGUGCUCAAACUGUCAAAUAUUAUUUAUUGGUAAAAGUAAUCUUGAGCGCCCUCUGCUGUCUGAUUUUACACACUGUUACGUUUGGAUUUAUGAAGUGAUCUCCUUUGUCUUCUCUCUUUAUUCCUGUGUUCACUCUUUCCUCCAGUGUUGUACUGUUCACUUUGUCUCUUUGAGAGUAUCAAGUUGUUUGUAGACUCCUGUAAUCCCUUUUUUUCCAUCAGUCAUUCAGUGAAGUUGACCUCACAUGAGACUUUGUGUAUGCGUGUGCCUCCUAACUUUACUUUUGUGGGUUUAUUUGUGUCUGUGUGUUUGUGCACUGCUCUCAAUUUCCAGGUCAUAAGUAAUACCCUGGAGAGUUUGCUGCAAGAAGAGCAGGUGGAGACGGAUAAGACACAGCACAAAGAGUUGCUCAUCGGGAAGCUGAAAAAAGAAAUCACAUCCCAGCAGGAGAAAAUUGAGAGAGCCACAAAACAGGUUUGAACACUAAAACACUGACAUAUUUCCUCUUUGGUACAAUAACUGGAUUUUCAGUUGAUAUUCAUUCUGAUUUUUCUAUUGAUUUAUGUUACAACCUGCUAAACCAAAAUUAGUAUGAUAUUGUUUCAAUUUUGCAUGACUGUUUGCUAAGAGCUCCAAGCUGACCACAGAGGUCCGCUCAGACCAGAACCCAAAGACUGAGACUUAUGAGGUGAAGGACAUCCAGCUGAGGGAGAUGAUCGAAUUCAACAAGAGUAUCAAUAAAAUACUGAAUGAAGCAAUGGAGGAUGAAGCUGACCUCAGAUCAGUGCUGGAGAAAUACUUUCUGCAGGUAUGAAACAUUGAAACAAGCAAUUUUUUUCAAUCUUCACACAAUAAAAUGAAUAUUGAGUAAUAAAAGCCUGACCUCAGUAUUUCCUCUUUUUUGUGAUGGAAAACAGGUUUCCAUAACUUUCUUAUUUUCUAUCUUUUUUUUCCCCUGUUGUUUCUCUCAGGCCAAUCUGUCUCUUCCUUCUCCAUCUUCUACUCCCAGCAGUCACCGGGGCUCUAAGGCAAACUCUACUUGCACCUCAGCUUCCCUCAGGUCAGAUAUCUUGACUCGAUCUAUAUAGACAGGACCCUGUGUGCUCAGAAAAAAAAAACAAAAAAAGAAAAUCAGUAUGCGGCCCUUGCUCAGUAUCCUUAUGGUCUCUCUCUGUAGGUCUGCACUGCACUCUCCCACAACAAAGUCUGGCUCUGACAGAGACUCCUGCUCCUCGCUUGUCAUUCAGAUGCCCCAGCUCCACUAGCAGCAGCAGCAGGAAGAUGAAAAACCUUCAAUUCAACUCUCCUCUGUUUCAUUUUCAUUGUUUAUUUACAGAUGUGAUAUGUGAAUAUUAAAAACUGCACUUUCAAACA